UCUCUGUUGACACCUCCGCACAGUCAACAUGAACCACGGAGAGAGACACAAACAGACCGACUGACUGGAAUGAAGAGGAUGACAGAGGUUGCCAAAGAGUGACAAAGAGACGUUAAGACAGGGACAAAGAGUGAAUAGGAGACAAAUGAGGUAUUUGAAGAUGAGGCAGAUGUAGUCAAGGAGUAGAUAAUUGCUAAUCAUUAUUUUUGAAAGUGGUCGUGUCACAGGAGCAGCAGGACAAAAUCAUUCUAGAGAAAAACAACCUUAAGGACAUUUUCAAACGCAACAUGGAAGCUGUUUGGUCACUGCAAACCUGAAGAUUUAUUAUCGAUUAGAUUUAAUAAACCCUCAAUAUGAUGAUAUGAAGAAAACAAUGCAAUUACCAAUAAAUCUAUCAAAGCAUCCCUCUAAGAUGGCUGUCAACAGUUUCCCCAUCUUCCUCCUGCUUCUGAUCGGCUCUUGCACAUCGCACCCGUCACCUCCUCCUCCACUGGGAUGUAGUGAGAAUGUGGAGCCUCCUUACAGGGUGCUGUGUGACCUGGAGUCGGUGUGGGGCGUUGUUUUGGAGGCAGUGGCCUGCAGCGGUGCCCUCACCUCUCUGAUCCUCGCUGUGCUCCUACUCGUCAAACUUCGUUCGAUUUCAGACCCGGCCAGGCGCUCAGGUGUUGGACCACUUCUUCUACUCCUGGGCACACUCCUCGGGAUAUUCCUCAUCUCUCUGGCAUUCCUUGUGGGGAAGAACCAGGUCCUGUGUGUGAUUCGUAGAGCCUUUUGGGGCCCCCUCUUUGCCCUUUGCUUCUCCAGCUUACUGGUUCAGGGUCUGAGGCUCAGGAGGCUGGUGGCUGGGAAAACCAGUCCACCAGGGAGCACGCUGGCUGCACUGGGCCUGGCACUGGCCUUGGUUCAGGGAAUUAUUUCUGCCGAAUGGGUCCUUCUUACUGUGGUCAGGGAGGGUCAUCCAGCCUGCGAGUAUCCACCUUUGGACUUUGCGCUGACAUGCAGCUACACGUUAGGGUUGCUCCUCAUAGCAAUGGGGCUCUCUCUAGCAGUAGUACUGUGUGGGGGGGAACUGGGGGCACAAGCAGCUCAUGACAGUGAAGAAGACGGAGAAGAUGAGAGUGACAAAAGGAGAUGGAAGUGCAACGCAGUCUGGCUUUUCCUGGCAAGUUUGGCAUCAGCAUUGCUUUGGGUGGCCUGGCUUGGCUUCUAUCUGUAUGGGAGCCAAGCAGUGAGGCUGAGAGGGAAAACGGCCAGGCCAGGAAAGGCGGAGGACCGUCUGCUGGACGAGCCUGCUCUGGCGGUGGCCCUGGUUGUUCAGGGCUGGAUCCUUUUACUUUUCCACGGCAUUCCAGAGAGCCACCUCUGUCUCUGGAACCGUUCGCAAUGCGGCAGGCAAGAUUUCUUUGACACCAGCGAGACGACUCCUCCACAUUUCAGAGAUGAGCUCCCGGCACACUCUCACCAACCCUUCCAGGAAAAUCAGGCUUUUUCCAUGGAGGAGCACGGUGCAAGUCUCCGAAGUGGAAACUACCAAAGCGGUCAUGGGAGUGUUCGCCCUGGCAUCGCCUUCAGAGGUCAUGUCUACCAACCAACUGAGAUGGCUCUUGUUAUGAAUGGCGGCACGAUGCCCACGGCCCCUAUUAACUACACUGGAAGACGACUCUGGUAAAAUGGUAUUAGGACUUGAGCCCCUGUGCCACAUGUACUGUAUGUUCCUUUAAUUCCUGAUGCCACACCAAGAGUAAUAAUUUAAAAAGACAUAUCAUACGGGAUGGACUGACAAGAGCUCAAUACAUUUGUUGUUUCCGCAUACAUGUUUUUGGAAUCUUACAUACCAGAAGGUUCAAGUCUCUUUUUCAGAACAAAAAGACUGGAAGUGAAGAGUGCAUUUUGUGCAGAUUUCAUGCACAGUUUGCAGGUGUGAAUACCAGCUGCAGUGCUUUAAUAUUAUCAACGCACAAAUGUCUGUAAUGUGUAAAUUAGCUAUCGGGAAGUUUGUGAGGUAGGCUGAUAAUAAUGUGUGCAUUUGAGGUUGAUCCAAACCUCCUGCAUAUGAAUUUAUAUCAUCUAUUGUAUUUUAAAAAUGUUUGCAUUGUCUCCUUUUCUCACCAUUUGGCUCUUCCAUCACAUAAUCUGAGAGAAAUUAUGGAGAAUUUGUCCAUAUUGCACAUGAAUGUAAUUUAGUCUAUGGAUGACUUAAAAAGCCAUUUUAACAAUACACACAAUAGUGAAAUCAUUGGGUACACUUCCUACCAAUAGCGUUGCAUUUACCGUAAUUCUCGGACUAUAAACCGCUACUUUGUUCCUCAUUUUGAAUCCUGUGGUUUAUAGUCCAGUGGCUUAUUUGUUGAUUUAUUUGGGUUCAUAGGUAACACUUUAUUUGACAGCGGAAUCAUAAGACUGCCAUAAGACCGUAAUAAUUAUGACAUGACAUUAUAUUGGCCAUUAAUUAAUGCUUAUGACAGAUGUCAUUAAGUGUCAUCCGGCAAAUUAUGUCACUAACUCCAUUUAUGUCCAGCUCGGAUCUUUUACAUCCUUUCAAAAGGGAGGUAAUUUGCCAGAUGACACAAAAUUACAUCUGUCAUGAGCAAUCAUUAGUGCUAAUGGCAGUGUCAUGUCAUAAUUAUGAUGGUCUUAUGACAGUCUUAUGGUGCCACUGUCAAAUAAAGUUUUACCAAAUUCCAUAUCUAGCAAUUAAUGAAACAACUAGACCAGUAACUGAAAAAAUAUUUUACACAGAACAUGAAUUUGGAUUUAUUUACAUCUGUAGUGCUGCAAUGCAUGCUAGGAGGCAUGUUGGACAACAACAAGUGUUGACAGCAGGUGGCAGCAGAAGUUGACAGUCUCCCCAAGAGAACAGUGAUGGCCAAACUGAAGCCUCUUGAAUCAAUGAAGCAAUGGUGGUUCAUUUGGUCCUAUGACAGUCUUAUGAUGCCGCUGUCAAAUAAAGUGUCACCGGUUGAUAUCUUUUUGUGUAAAUGUCUCAUAAUACAGUGAGGACAGCUGCGGCUUAUAGUCCAGUGCGGUUUGUCUACGAACAAAUGCCGUUUUCGUGUCAGAUUUGGUGGGUGGCGGCUUAUAGUCAGGUGCGCCUUAUAGUGCGAAAAUUAGGGAUAUAAUAUUGUCUUUACAGCAACCAAAAUGUUCAAAACGCAGUUCAGUAUGAUACAGUUUGAUUUUGCAAUUGAAAUACAAUAAUAUGCAUUUUGUUGAUUAUUGGUUAAUGAUUAUUUAAUGAAUUAUUAAAGAAUUCCCAGUCAGUUCCAGCCAAUGCCUAAGUCUGGAUAAAACUUCGACGAUCUCCAUAAAAGGAAAAGCAAUAAAGGUACUCUAAUAUGCAUAUUUCUAAAUUACUUUACCUCUGACAGUGUUCAUCAAAAUUGAAAAUUGUUGGCGUCGGCAGUGUUUGUGUCAGAGCUUUCUAAUGGACCACAUUGGAUUAGUGAUUUCCAACCAGGGACAAUAGAUUUGUAUUAGAUUGGGAAAGUGUACCUGAUGAUGAGACUAAUGAGUGUAAACAUAUAAGAUACAUUACAAGGGUUAAGAUAUCUUGUAAGCUGUAUUUUGCACUUUAUGAGAGCUAAUAUCGUCUCUUUGUGGUAUUAUCUGAGAUUUAUUAUCUUGUAAAAGUAAAGUAUUUUGAUAUUUUGUCAGUAUUAUUUAUUCUGAGUGUUUUGUAGGAGGUUGAUGUCCAUAUUUAAUGGAAAAUGAAACUGCCUGGUGUCAAAUGAUACAACUAUUGUUAGAGAAGUUGACAAAAAAUAUAUUAAUUGACAUCCGGCCAUCGCUAUGUUCUGAUUAAUAUCAUUGAUACAAGUGAAGAUGUAUACACUAUGCUCUACCAGGUGUAAUAUGUUUUUAUUGUGAUGUAUGAGUGUCGCUAAAGGCUAAAUUGCUAUGUAUGACAGUGUUGCCGUUGUGUUUUAUGGCAAUGUGGUUGUUACAACCCCCCCCCCCCCCCCCAACUUGGUCAAUAACAAUACAACGUAAGAAAACCCUUUUUCUUAAAUGCAAUUGCUCUUCAGUCCAUGCAGUAAGCAUUAUAUUGACACAUUCCACUGUACAAGCUAUGACUAACUAUUCACUAAUGUUGUGGGUGUUGAUAUGCAUCAGUAAUAAGGCUUCCAGCAGAUAGAAAAAAAUAUCACUGUACCAGUUUAAUCAAGUGAGGCAUUUUUUCACCAAAUCUGGCUUUUUAAUGAACUACAAAGUUGCUUUUGUCAGUUAGAUUGAUGCUAGAAUUUUGUAUACUGAAAAUAUUAUCUUGAAUUUUACGUUUAAAAUAUGAAUGACCUUUUGUCGUGUGUGUCAUAAAACUUUAAAAACACUGGUAUUUAACUUUUGACGAUUUUAUGGCAAUAUGUCACAAUUUAAUGCGAGCGUAUAACAUGAAUGUCUGUCAUGUAAUUCAUCAAUGCACUUUUUCUGUUAGAGGUUGUCCUCAUUUGUCCUGUCCUUGUUCAAAGCAGGCACAAUUUCACUGCAACAAUAUCUGUUUAUUUCAUAUGAUCCUCAUUAGAACAAGUGUCCCAGUUGUAAAGCUUUAGUUUUAUAAGUAUGUGCAAAUUAUAUAUAAUGUAU